AUGUCUUGGGACUUGUUAAAGCGGUUCCUCGAGAGCGACGUCUUCAACCAAGACCCCUUUCUCUCCGUCUCCUAUCUCUCCAAGCUGCGCCAGUUCCCCUACGAGGACAUCGAGUUCUUCCUCCCCCAGCUAUGCCACCUUGUCAUCAGCAUCGACAAUGAGUCCAUGGCCCUGGAGGAGUUCCUCCUCGAUCUGUGCGAGGAGUCGGUCACAGCAGCCUUGUUGCAUAUUGUCUUUGGCGUCUCCGACAGCGCAAGGAACGAGAAAAUCACGGAAAACCCACUGCCGGUGACCGUCCUAGGGAGUUUCGUUCUCGCCAGUAUCGCCGCCCCGUUUCUCCCUCACUGGGCUGGCCCAUUGGCCGUCGCGCAAGCCAGAAAGCCUCGCCCGCAAGUCAUCGAACAUGUGUCCGACGCUACUCCCCUUAACGCCGCCCCACCGGCUCGCGCGCAUACCAUCACUGCUGGUACAACAAAAUCGAGACGGGCAAAGGAGGCCCGCCUCACGAGCUCAUCAGACAACCAGCUCCAGACCAACAGCCCGGUGGCGCAUCGCCCCAAGCCGAAGAUCAGGGAACCUCAGCCCGACUCCCGGCCGACAUCUUCAGGGUCUUCCAUCAGAACGCCGAUCGAGUCUAAGCGACCUGCUCCGUUCGAUUCCAACCUCCUCGAGGCACGCCUUAGUUCAUCUUCGUUGCCUCUACCAACGUCAGAUGCGAAGCCCCCAGGUCUUGUUCACAGGCCGACCACUCCGGCCGCGGGGCUGCGGCCAACAGCUGGGGUGAACAGGAGGCACUCCCACCAUGUCAAGACGCUGCUGAACCAAGCGGACAUGAGCCGCACACAAAAGAUGCGACUACUAAAACAGAACUAUUUCCAUUGCCAGACGGCAUUCCUGACUGCGUUGGAGGAUAUCUCGAAUCGACUAGUAAUAGUACCCAAGGCCGCACGCCUGAGUGCUCUACGCGCCGAGCUGGCUCUGAUCGCACAAGAGCUCCCAGCCGAGGUCGAUAUCCCAGUCAUCUGCCCUCCUACCCUGGUCAACGGCUCACCUUCGCAAAGCCGACACCACAGGAUAGUCCGCCUCAACCCAGCCGAGGCCACGGUCCUAAACAGCGCCGAGAAAGUGCCUUUCCUGCUUAUGGUUGAGAUUCUAAGGGAAGAUCUCACCUUUGAUCCGGAUUCGCAAGACAACCAGAGACUUCUUACACAACUUUUGGCUGAACAAGGACAACGGAGGCGCAUAUUUGACCUUUCCGAGUCUUCUAGGAUACCAGCCGCCCCUCGGACUCAAGAGCCGGUGAUUGACAGUGUCUUUGAGCCUUCGUCGGGAGAUCUUGGGCACUCGCCACUAAUGAAACCGUUCGACGACGAGCCCUUUGCGAUACAACAUAACCCCAUUCCUGGCGGUCUCCGCCAUGCUAACACUACCGGAACCAGUUCGACACAGUUCGUUGACCUGACGUCAACGCCUCGCAGUUCUGGCACUUCGGGAUCCUCUACCCCACCUUUUAGGAGGAUGACACUCCAAAGUCCGCGCAGCAACUCAGCCGACCAACCUGACUUUUCUGCGCUUGCCAUUCAUAUGCGAACAGCCUCGCAAAUGCUGGCGCAGUUGGAUGCGACAAGUGGAAAGCGACCGCGUCACGAGGUGGCCGCCAUCAGGGCGAAGAUUAUCGCCAGCAUGCAAAGUCUAGAGGAGGAAAGCUUCGAAGUCCACGAUAGCCAAGGGCCGACUUUCGAGAUGAUUAUGGCCAAGGCCAGUGCAGAAAACGUCAUCAACGGGAAUGCCGCUACCGACGAAGAAAUCGAGACUCCCCUAGAAAAGGUCGAGUCUAAUGUGAACCCCAACGCCGGUCUCGCAAGGAUGGAGAACGAUAUCAAGACGGGCGGUCUCCAGCGCAAGGGCGAUCGCGACGAUCCCAGCGCUGCUGUCUUCGGAGAAGCCUGGGAGAUGAAGAAGGAGCGUAUUCGCAAGUCCUCUCCUUAUGGGUGGAUGAAGAACUGGGAUCUCGUCAGCGUCAUCGUAAAAACAGGUGCGGAUCUCCGCCAGGAGGCAUUCGCCUGUCAGCUGAUCCGCGUGUGCCACAUGAUUUGGGUGGAGCACAAGGUGCCCGUCUGGGUGAAGCUCAUGCGCAUUCUCGUCACGGGCGAGUCGUGCGGUCUAAUUGAGACCAUCGCCAACGGCGUGUCUCUGCACUCAAUCAAGCGCAGCUUGACGUUGGCCACGGUCGAGUCCGGUCAGAACCCUAGGAGGAGGAUCGCGACGCUCAAGGACCAUUUCGUCAAGGCGUUCGGCCUGCCCGAGAGCCAGGCGUACAGGUCGGCUGUGGACGCGUUCAAGCGGUCGCUAGCUGCGUAUAGCAUCAUCUCGUAUGUGCUGCAGCUGAAGGAUAGGCACAACGGCAAUGUGCUUAUUGAUAAUGAGGGACACAUCAUCCAUAUCGACUUUGGCUUCAUGCUGUCGAACUCGCCUGGCUCGGUCGGGUUCGAGGCGGCGCCGUUCAAGUUUACGUAUGAGUAUCUGGAUGUGCUGGGUGGUGUGGACUCGCAGGAUUUUGCGGAUUUUAAGCAGCUCUGCAAACAGGCUUUCCAGGCCCUCCGUCGCUCAGCAGACAACAUCAUCGACCUGGUCGCCAUGAUGGGCCGAGAAUCCAAGAUGCCCUGCUUCGGCGCGGGUAUCUCGCAGGUGACGACCUCGCUCCGGGCAAGGUUCCAGCUGCAGCUGAGCAAGGACGAGGCGGAACAGUUUGUGGAGACGGAUCUGAUUGCUAAGUCGUUGGGAAGUUAUUAUACGCGACUGUAA